AUGGCGCUCAGCCCAGUGACGCCCAGCAGGAUUGGGAAUUACGUGUCGGUGGGCUCAUCAGAAACCGUGGUGGACAGAAAUGGUGACAGAUUGGGUAAUGCUGGGAUAUCAGUGGAAAGUAGAAACAAAAAGACCUGGAGAAGGAAAAGCCAAGGCUGGUGGCAGGUAUCUUGCAAUAUCUUCAGAACUCUCCCACCUAGUGACAGCAAUGAAUUUGAUCCAGAAGAAGAUGAGCCCACCUUGGAGGCAUCAUGGCCACAUUUACAGCUUGUAUAUGAGUUUUUCAUACGAUUUUUGGAAAGCCAAGAAUUUCAACCCAGCAUUGCCAAAAAGUACAUAGAUCAGAAAUUUGUAUUGCAGCUGUUGGAGCUGUUUGACAGUGAAGACCCUCGAGAACGAGACUACCUAAAAACAGUCUUGCACAGAAUUUAUGGCAAGUUUCUGGGUCUUAGAGCAUUUAUCCGAAAACAGAUUAAUAAUAUUUUUCUACGAUUUGUUUAUGAAACUGAACACUUCAAUGGCGUAGCUGAACUGUUGGAAAUUUUAGGAAGUAUUAUCAAUGGUUUUGCUUUACCUCUUAAGGCAGAGCAUAAACAAUUUCUGGUGAAGGUGCUGAUUCCUUUACAUACUGUCAGGAGUUUAUCACUCUUCCAUGCACAGCUGGCGUAUUGCAUAGUACAGUUUCUGGAGAAGGACCCCUCGCUCACAGAACCAGUCAUUAGAGGUUUAAUGAAAUUCUGGCCAAAAACCUGCAGUCAGAAAGAGGUCAUGUUCCUAGGAGAGCUGGAGGAAAUCUUGGAUGUAAUCGAACCAUCACAGUUUGUCAAAAUCCAGGAACCCUUGUUUAAACAAAUUGCCAAGUGUGUCUCUAGCCCUCAUUUCCAGGUGGCCGAAAGAGCGCUGUAUUAUUGGAAUAACGAAUACAUCAUGAGUUUGAUAGAGGAGAACUCAAAUGUUAUACUUCCCAUCAUGUUUUCCAGCCUUUAUAGGAUUUCUAAAGAACACUGGAAUCCGGCUAUUGUGGCUUUAGUCUACAAUGUGUUGAAGGCAUUUAUGGAAAUGAACAGCACCAUGUUUGACGAGCUGACAGCCACUUACAAGUCAGAUCGUCAGCGUGAGAAGAAGAAAGAGAAAGAGCGUGAAGAACUGUGGAAAAAACUGGAGGAUUUGGAAUUAAAGAGAGGUCUUAGACGUGAUGGAAUAAUUCCAACUUAACAAAAAAACAAAACAGCAUUAUUAACCUGUGGAGUCACACAUUUAUGUAGUAGAAGAUGGAGCAACAGUUUUCUGUAUUGUGCAACUUUACAGUAGAUUUCACAUUUGUUUCAUUAUUACAACAGCACUGUAUAUACCUGUCUCUAAGUAAAGGAAAAAAAUAAGGACUUUAAUCCAAAGUUUGGACAGCAGAUGGACUUCUCAGAACUUUGCAAACAUAAUCGUUGUUUUAACCCUUCUUUAAAACCAGUCUUCAAAGAUCUGUUGAUGAAAAUUGAGAUGUCAAAUUCCAUUGUCAGGACCUGUUCCUUAUUUAUCAUUAGCAGAGAGUAUAAUACAACUUUCAAAUGUGAACAAUCUUAAAAUUUAGCUUGUCUUUCUGCUAAACUGUUAAGUGUAUUUAUAGUAAAAGAGAAAAAAGACUGUCAUUUCCUUAUGAGUUUGUGUAACAUCCUCCUUCUCUGGAUAACUUUACUGUAAUUUGACUUUUUUUCCUUUUGCACAUCUUCCUGAGUUGAAUGUUCAUUCAGAUCAGGGCCAUGAAAAGUAUAGGUCCUAAAUAAAAGUUUUGUUUACUGGUGUGAGCAUUUUUUUUUUUUUUUUUAGUACCAGGCUGUCUCUGGUGCUUCCGUAAUUUGAACAUUAGGAGUUAAAAAACAAGUAGGUGAUAAACAUAGUAGGAAAGGGAGCUUUGGAUUCCUGCACCUAUUUAUUGCAAAUCCAAAUUAGUGUCCACAAUCCUUUAAAAACGGGCAGUAGUGACACCUUGGACUUCAGUACCUAGCCAGUAUUAGUGAUAUGGCAUUGGACACACAUACUAGAGUUGUUUUAGAAAUACUAAUUGCUAAAUUGUGAGAGUUUGUUUUUCGAGAGAAUAAAGACAAACACUAAACAUUGCAAGCAUGAAAUUGACCUCCAGCGGUCAUAGAUCAAAUUGGAAAUUGAGUUGAGGUAGCAGUUUGGACUGUUUGGAGUUGUUGCCUUACUUUUUAGUAUGUAUUUAUAAAGUGUUCCAGCAAAAGAGGAUGUAGCCUCUAAGAAACAUACUGUAAUGUUUUUGUGGUUCUAGUACUAUUACUCAUCACAGUCCCAGCCCUAUGGUCAUAGCUGGAAAGGAUUCUGGAUAAUAUACUUCUGCAUUCUCAUCUGGAUGCUCAUUCCUAACUACUGUAUUUGUUACCAAAAGUGGUUCUACAAAUGCUACUGAAAAAAAUUCUGGAAAUCCUAAUGUUCUGAGUAUUAAUAAUAAAGUUUAAAAUGCUUUUAUAUCAAA